AUGUCAAGCAUUCCUCGAACUCUAUGGUUUGACAUCCUUACAAGGGUUCCAGUGGAAAAAACAUUUGUUUGCAAGUGCGUCUGCAAGUUUAUGUGUGACAUUAUUUCGGAUAUCGAUUUUGCUAGAAUGCACAAAUGUCGUGCUAUCCAGAAAAACAACCUGAAUUUUCUUUAUUUUACCUUGGAACGGAAUGGAUCGAUGCUUUCUGGAUUCUCAGUAUCAAGAACAAUUUUCUCAGUAACUCAUGAUUCAGUAUUAACAUCUGCAAGUAUUCCAGAGUAUACUAUUGUAUCAGAUGUCCCUUACAAAAAUUUAGAUUUUUAUAUUACUAUGUUGGGUUCAUCCAAAGGUCUGGUUUGCCUGUUGUAUUAUAACAUACCUUCUCAAUAUUUUGUCUGUCUUUGGAACCCAUCUACAACAGAGUAUAUGAAAUUACCUGAAUUGCAUGCACUAAAAGAAUACAACUACCUUGAUAUCAGAACUCAUAGUCUCGGUUAUGAUCGCAAGACUGAUAAUUUUAAACUGGUAAUUUCCGAGAGCAUGUGUGCUCAAGGUGAUGGUUCAGCAUUUCGCAUAUUCAGGCUACGAGAAAAGUCAUGGAGCACCCAAAGCGUUCAGUAUGAUAUCACCGAUGCUUCCCGUGGUGAGAUGUUUCUUAAUGGUGCUUUCCAUUGGGCAUAUAAUAUGUUUGGCCAGGACUCUCAGUUUGUUUUAUCGUGGGAUAUCAACAAAGAGGUCUUCAAAGAGAUGCAUCUACCAAAUAAAUCUUGGGGUGAAGGCCAUGUCUUGAUAGAUAUCAGAGUAAUGGAUUUGGACCUUUGUGUAAUGUUACAGGUUCCAACGAGUCUCAUAGAGGUGUGGGUGAUGCAAGAAUAUGGAUCUGCAGAAUCUUGGUGUCUACGUUAUAUCAUUACCCAUAAAACUCUUGUGGAUUAUCCUUGUUUGAAAGGUUGGGAUGAGUGCUUGUUCCCUUUGAAGAUGGCGUGUAUAUUUAAAAGCGGUGAGAUUUUAUUCUGGGUUCCUGGAGAGAGUCUUUUAUAUGAUCCAAAGCAUCAAAAACUUACAAAUAAAAAUGCAGGAGCUUGUCAUCUUUUAACAAGAGGGCUAAGCAAUUAUUUGGACACCCUAGUUUCCCUCGGUUCUGAUAUUUUUGUUAGGAAAAGGGUAUGA